CGAGGAGCGGCGGCGCGAGAUGAGCCAGGCCAGGCGGAAGCGCGGCGCUUCCCGGCGUGCCCCGCGCGACCCGUGGCGGAGCUUGGCGCGGCUUCCGGGGGGAAAGGGAGCGGCAGCGGCGGGGCUCGGCGGCCGGGCCAAGAUGGCGGUGCAGGAGUCGGCCGCCCAGCUCUCCAUGACGCUCAAGGUGCAGGAGUACCCCACGCUCAAGGUGCCAUAUGAAACACUGAACAAACGAUUCCGGGCUGCUCAGAAGAACAUUGACCGAGAGACCAGCCACGUUACUAUGGUGGUAGCCGAGUUGGAGAAGACGCUGAGCAGCUGUCCAGCGGUGGAUUCUGUGGUUAGUCUCCUUGAUGGAGUAGUUGAAAAGCUCAGUGUUUUGAAACGAAAGGCGGUUGAAUCAAUCCAGGCUGAAGAUGAGAGUGCAAAGUUAUGCAAGCGCAGGAUCGAGCAUCUUAAAGAGCACAGCAGCGAUCAACCGGCUGCUGCCAACAUGUGGAAGAAAAAACGCAUGGAUCGCAUGAUGGUCGAACAUCUCUUACGGUGUGGUUACUACAACACAGCUGUAAAACUAGCCAGGCAAAGCGGUAUUGAGGACUUGGUAAACAUUGAGAUGUUUUUGACUGCCAAAGAAGUAGAAGAAUCGUUGGAAAGGCAAGAAACAAUGACUUGCUUAGCUUGGUGUCACGAUAACAAGUCUAGGCUCAGGAAGAUGAAGAGUUGUCUGGAGUUCAGCCUAAGGAUUCAGGAGUUCAUUGAACUUAUUCGACAGAACAAGAGGCUGGAUGCUGUGAGGCACGCGAGGAAACAUUUCAGCCAGGCUGAAGGAAGUCAGCUGGAUGAAGUGCGGCAAGUGAUGGGGAUGUUAGCCUUUCCUUCUGACACCCACAUCUCUCCUUACAAGGAUCUUCUGGACCCUGCCCGAUGGAGGAUGCUAAUCCAGCAGUUUAGAUACGAUAACUACAGGCUGCAUCAGUUGGGGAACAAUUCGGUCUUCACUAUAACACUCCAGGCUGGACUCUCCGCUAUAAAAACACCACAAUGCUAUAAAGAAGACGGCAGUUCCAAAAACCCGGACUGCCCAGUGUGUAGCAAGUCCCUCAAUAAGCUGGCUCAGCCUCUGCCCAUGGCCCACUGUGCCAACUCCCGCCUCGUCUGCAAGAUUUCCGGAGAUGUGAUGAAUGAAAACAACCCUCCCAUGAUGCUUCCAAAUGGAUAUGUGUAUGGAUACAAUUCUUUGCUUUCUGUUCGCCAAGAUGACAAAGUCAUUUGCCCAAGAACCAAAGAGGUCUUCAGCUUCUCACAAGCUGAGAAAGUCUACAUUAUGUAACUCCCUUGUACAAAGUGCCGCUGGAAUUUGACACAGUAUAUUCUGGCAUGUCCUUAAAGCAAGAUCUCGUGUGUGGCAAAGAGACCAGCCAUCUUGGGGGGGGGAGGGUCAGAUUUGUUGGUGGCAUUUUUUAUUGCGACCAAAGAUCAAUAAGCAACAAUAUACACUCUAAACAUGAGGAAGUAUGACUAACAGUUUGUACUUUGGAGGGAACAAAUUUUUGAAUGCUUGGAUUUUGUAACAGCAAUUGGACUUUUCUCUCACACUCAUCCAGCAGAAGCUCACUCAAAAAAAAUGGACCAUUUCACUUGAAAGAGGAAAUUGCAGUGGAUCCCCAAAAGGUCAUGUCUCCCUUCAGUCCUGUUCUCAGCAUCUCCACUGUGAGCCCAUGUUGGGAAAACUGAUAUUUAAGGAAGUUAAAUAUGCAAAUAUGCGGUGUGUACACACCUGGGAGUUGGCAGCCAGCUGCAGCUUCUGAAUGUGUGUCCACCUUCCGGCUCCCAGUGUGCUUGUGUCCCCUUAGAAGGCAGUGGUGGUCGCCACACAGGAUGCAAACUGGAUACACGUCUGCCAUGUGGGCAGUGCGAAGUAGCCCUUGGUGUGCUUCACUCCUCUGUUCACUGCUGGUAGAGAAGCUCUUGGUUUUGAUCUCCCUCUCCACCUUUUAAAUGUUUCUGUAUGCCACAGUAGCUCUUCAUGGGACAGAUGCCGACAGAAUUGACACAAGGCCUGACUUCACCAGAAGAAUUAGAAGUUCCUCUGAAGGGAAAUAAGAAGUAUUUCUUCUCCCAGUCCCCUUUCCAGAAACCCCUUCCCUCUUGAAGCAUCGUAGAAAAAUUUCAUAAAUACAGACACAACUGAGAACAUUACAGGCGUAAAUGCACUGCUUGUAUGUCCAUUUCCCAGUUUACCAUAGUGUUAAAAGUCCUUAUUAGUUACUACAUGCAUAGGAUUCAGUAUCAAACCAUUAGUGCUACUGCCUUAUUUCUUGCUUUGAGAAUGUACUCACAUUUUUUUAAAAAAAUCAACCUUAAAUGUUUGGCAAGUUUUUGAAGAUGGCUUGCAGGAUAAUUAUGUAAUUUUAGGGUGUUCAUUACAGAAGAGAUUAGUUCAAUUCUAACAGCUACAAAUCACACCCAUAUCACUCUCCAAACAAAACCAUUGUAAAAUUAAAAUCAUACAGUAGGAGUUUGUAUUUAGCAUUUAUUUUUGCAUGUUGAUGUUGAUUAGCUAAUAAAGACUGUAAACAAACGUU